ACAGGAAGAGGACGAGAAGGGGGGGGGGAGAAAAGAGAACGGUGGAGAGGAUCGGGUGAGAAAAGGUGGUGAGGAGUGAAAGGGGCGAAGAAAGGGGUGUGUGUGGACCGAAAGACGGGAGACAAAUAAGAGAUAGUGGAGGGGCCGGCAUUUCUAUUUAAAGGCAGCUGAGACUGGACGGGUCUGAAUUUGGACUGACUGACUGUCUGAGAGUCCAUCCCCUCUUUCGGACUCUUCUUUCACUCGGAGGUGUGAAGUGGAGGGCCUCCUGAACACAGACAGACUGGCUGCAUGUAUCACCCGGCAGAGCUGUACUCUGGCCGUAAAACAUGGCACACCUACCCAGAUGGAGGACCAAACAGAGGACAAUGGGCCCCGCUAAACACUCGGCCUUGGAGCCCAACACAAAGAUGCAACGGAGGACGCAUUCCAUCCGAUCAUCCCAUUUCCCUGUCAAGUCCUCCAUAUAACAGGGGGGAACGAGCAGUCCACUAUGCCCCAGACAAGGGUUCCUCUAAGGGGCACAGGCAGGCUCUACAUGUUUGGGAUGGUAAAGAACAGCCAUUUGAGGCCCAGAACUGGCAUCACAACUCUGUGCGCUCAUUCCACAACCGAGCUGGCACCAACAAUGGUUAUCUAACAAGACCAGGACAACGCUACAUAAACUGGGACAGCAAUGUCAGCAACUCUUUGCAUGGGAGUCCUCGGCUGCACCGUAACAACAGAGAGCCGCAGCCCCCCCCAGAGAGAUGGGCUCCUUCAGACUUCCGCAGAACCUUCCCUUGUCGAAUGAUCAAUGACAGAGCAGGGCCUUGGAAACGACCAGCCUCUCACCAGCGCCAAGCGCAGAUGCACCAGCAUAGUCCACCCCCACAACACCCUUCAUCAACAAGGGACGAGUGUCCAGCCAAGAGGAGUCGGGACUCUGGUCCUGAUCAGUCAUCUCAUCCUGGAUCAAGGCAUGUAGUUGCCCAUCCCUCGCUCCCACCACGCCACCACCGUUGCAACCAAGAUGACUGGAAGCCUCCUCAUGACAGGACAGGUCCUAGCCACCCCUCCGACCACAGGACCUCAACAACACAGCAACAGGAGACCUCGAAAUCACGUGCUGGAGGACAUAGCUUUUGCAACAGUGACCCAACAGUCCAAAACCAGGGUUGCAGCAGCAGGGCUUCACAUAAUGGAAACGGUUAUCGCAAAAUGUCUUCACCAGCAGAACACACCCGUGUGCCUUACAGCCACCAGAAUCCUCAUUACCACCAUCAGCGGCACACUCACCACCCCAGAGCUGAACAGCACAAACCCCUGACGCGCCGCCCUGAGGAAGGGGGGGAGGACUCAAGGAAUCAUCUCCACAAGCAAAGCACAGAAAUUCGGCGUAACGCAAGAGGCAUUUCAAAAGAUCCAGCCACCCUCUGGUCUUCUGCAGAAGAUUCUUCCAACUAUUCCUCCCUUCAUUUGAAAGAUUCUGCUCACAGUCCACGUGUUAGUCCUUCGUUACACAAAGCAGCCAACAGCAGUCAACAAUGUAGCCCUGGCCUCAGUAGGCAACCAAAAGUCCAGGGAAGCCCCACUCGCAAAGAAAGGUUCUGCGCAACCUCGACCCCAUCUCGUACAUCCCCAGCCGGUCCAAAAUCCAACUUUUCAGAUGUCCAAUACAAGAAGACCUCACAGCUUCUCUACUUGUCUCCCCACGGCAGCUCCAGGAUAAACAGGCCAGCAAAGGAGUCGCAAACUCGAAGAACAGCCGGAUGCAUAAAAAAAGAUAAGCUGGUGAAAAGGGAAAGAAGCGACAAUGUAGAAAAGGCAAACAAAAACGCUGAAGACAGAAAAAAACGGAAGAAAAAGGAACAAAAAUUAGUUGAGAAAAAAAAGAAAAGGGAUAAGGCGGCAAGGAAAGAAAUGAAAAGAACCCUGAAAGCUCAAAAGAGAGAGAAGGAAUCUCAUUGCUCCCUUCCGAUUGCCAACUCUGCAGUAGAAGAGCAUCUUUCCAUUGGUCGAUCUUUCCCUCCCAAGGGUACUUCUCCACAGCCAUUGCGCCCAAAAAAGCAAAGACACUUAGUCCCCACAACAAAAAGCCCAACCAGGAAGGACCUCCCCGCAUUCACUUCUCGGUCAGAACAAGGACCAAAAGCAAAACCUAAAGAUACCCUGCCUUCCCUUUUGUAUGAAGCCUUAGAACCUCUCAGUGCAGCAUGUUCUGUGCGUGUUCAGCAGCCAGGCCACGGCAAGGAGCAAGGAGGGCCUCUCCAUGCCCCGGAUCUCCAGCCUGUGGGUGUGAUGGGAAACAGCGACGUGGGCGACAACCUUGCCAACACUCCUCCUGUACUCAGCUGGCAGGGCUCACCGGUAUCGGAUGUGGGAGAGGAUGAAGACGAGCUGGAAAAGGGAAUGAUAAGCAGACCCGUCCUCCAGCCCAGCCCCACUCACUGUUUUUCUCCUCUGCCCUUAGAAAGCGACAGUAUGGAUAAUGUGCUCAAGGAGUCUGUUGAAAGUAAACUGGCAGAUGUUUCGGAACCCUCUGAUCCAUCAAGUGCAACUAAACAUGUUCUUGAAGAUGAGAAGAAGAAAGUAAUUCCAGAAAGGUCCGGCUCUCUACAUCCUGAGCUUCACCAUAAAGCAGGUCUGGAUGAUGUUUUCAAGAGCUUGGCCACUUUGCUCAGUGGUCAGAGGGCCACAUGUCGAGGGGGUCCAUUCGGGGGGUCUCCUGCUUUGACCGCUAAUGGGGUUAAGUUUGCUUCCUCCCUUGCUCUGGGACCAGAUAUUAACUGUCAGCAGCGGCAAGAUUGUGGCCACAAGUCACAUCCUGCAUCAUCCUCAGAAACUAAUAAUCAGCCUGCUUCCCAUUUAGAACAAUGCGGUGAGACAGCUCAGUGGGAGCCUAUCACAGACACCUCCACACGCAAAAUAGAGGAAGCUGAUGUCGAUAUUAAAGACGGACAAGAUAAGGAUGAAGACAUGCGAAACGAAAAAGAGGUCUCGCUUUUGGACCACUCACUCAGUGCCGAGCUGAGACUGACCACCACCCACACCGCCUCUUUGAGCCACCUCCUUGUCUCGAGCAAGGACGAGAGGCUAAAGAGUGAGGCCAGAGCUCACCAAGCCCGCCUCAAAAUUAAGAUAAAGAAAGAGAAAAGCACUCUUAGCCCCAAAUAUAAACACAGACGUAACAAUCACAAACCCCCCCCCAGCAGAGCUAUGCGGAAAGAGAGCGUGCAACGUGAAAAAGCCGAAGCAAACAUCAUAACAAAGAAUAAAGAUGAUGAUGUCAGUGUGCUUGAAACUGCUGUUUCAUCAGGAGCCGGAACCUCUGAUAAUAAAACCUCAAGCGCAUUAUCAACUAUCAGUGCAUCCAAAUUAUGCACCGCUACACCAGCGAGUAAAGCUCCUUGUACAUCAGCUUCUGUUGACCCACUCAAGCUCAAAAUGUUGUCCAUGGGCUUCACCAAGGAGCUGAAGGUCCUCCUGGUGAAGAUGAAGAUUGAUGGCACGCACGCGUUCAACAUGGCGGAAGUAGAAGAGCAAAAAGUCCCACUUUGUCAGCUCAGUAUCCAAAACACAGCCGCUGAAGUGGUGAGCGCUUGCAAGGGGGCAAAGGUUAAGGAAAAAUUCAUGGAGUCAUACCUGCUUCCUUCGCUCUCUGUGAAACCCAACAUUUCCAUCCAGAUUCCGAUUCCCCGAGAAAAGCUCAACCCUCCCACACCAAGCAUCUAUUUGGAGAGCAGGAGAGAUGCCUUCUCGCCAGUCCUGCUUCAGUUCUGCACCGAUCCCAAAAAUGCGGUGACCGUCAUCAGAGGCCUUGCUGGUUCUCUCCGCCUCAACCUUGGCUUGUUUUCCACCAAAUCUCUGGUGGAGGCCAAUGCAGAGCAUGCGGUGGAGGUGAGGACGCAGGUCCAGCAGCCUGCCGAUGAAAACUGGGAUUCCCGCGGCUCGACUCAGACGUGGCCCUGCGAGAGCAGCCGCUCGCAUACCACCAUUGCCAAAUACGCUCAGUACCAGGCCUCCAGCUUCCAGGAGAGCCUGCAGGAGGAGAAGGAGAGUGAGAACGAAGAAGAAGAAGAAGAAGAGCAAGAUGACUCUUCGACAUCAGCCAGCGGUAAAAGCAGCCCACCGUCGACUGACACGAAAGCCACUUCUGCGCUCCCCUCGGGCAAAAACGCCACCGCCAACACACCCAGCUCAGAACUGAAGUCUGUUGGAAAGAUAAUCAAAUUCGGGACCAACAUAGAUCUCUCAGAUCCGAAACGUUGGAAGCCUCAGCUGCAGGAGCUGCUCAAGCUGCCGGCGUUCAUGCGAGUGGAGUCGAUCAACAACAUGCUCAGUCAUGUCGGUCACACAAUCCUGGGCAUGAACACCGUCCAGCUGUACAUGAAAGUUCCGGGCAGCCGGACACCAGGUCACCAAGAGAACAACAACUUCUGCUCGGUCAACAUAAAUAUUGGACCGGGUGACUGUGAGUGGUUUGCUGUCCAUGAGCACUACUGGCAGGCUAUCAACACAUUCUGCGAGAAGCAUGGAGUAGACUACCUCACAGGGUCCUGGUGGCCAGUUCUGGAAGACCUCUACAGCUCCAACAUCCCUGUGUACCGUUUCAUUCAGAGGCCGGGCGACUUGGUGUGGAUCAAUGCCGGGACGGUGCACUGGGUCCAAGCAGUGGGCUGGUGCAACAACAUCGCCUGGAAUGUGGGACCUUUAAACUCGUACCAGUAUCAACUCGCCCUGGAGCGAUACGAGUGGAAUGAGCUGAAGAAGGUUAAGUCAAUAGUUCCCAUGAUCCACGUUUCCUGGAAUGUGGCUCGCACCAUCAAAAUCACGGACCACGACACCUUCAAGAUGAUUAAACACUGCCUGCUGCAGUCCAUCAAGCAUAUCCAGAUUUUGAGGGAACAACUGACGGCUUCUGGAAAGAAAAUCUGCUAUCAGAGUCGUUUGAAAGAGGAGCCGGCUUACUACUGCAAUGAGUGUGACGUGGAGGUGUUCAACAUGCUGUUCGUGACCAGUGAACACAGCACUAAGAAGACAUACGUGGUGCACUGUGAGGACUGCGCCCGAGCCAAGAGCGCGUCGUUGACAGGAGUGGUGGUGCUGGAACAGUAUCGAACAGAGGAGUUGAUGAAAACUUAUGACAGCUUCACACUGGCUCCAUCACCCUUAUCAAAAUGAGGAUGUCGGCGUUUGCGUCUUUCAGCCAUAACCAAAACUAAUGGCAGCACAAAUGUUGCCUUUCAAGGCAAUCUGUUCCUGCAAGCACGUUGUGAAUCAGCCAUUCAACGUUUACGCUGUUGUUUACAUCACACAAUAAGGUACAGAGGUACAGCCAAUCCAAGUACAGCUCACUGUCUUCCCCAUACCAGCUGCUGAUUGGACUUGUGCAUUGAAAUAGAAUGACUAGAAUGGUAAUUGUCAUGGAUGGGAAAAAAAAAGAAAAAAGAAAAAAAAGGUGAGCACUGCUAGCACUGAAAAUCAGGUUAUAUACAUUCAACGGACUCUGCUGUGAUUCAAAAGCGUCAAGUAGCCAAUUUUAUGUAUCAAUUCAGGUACUUUUAUGCAAAUUCCGUUUUUUUUUACACCAAUCUAGUUAUUCUAUAUGUCCAUGAAUUUGCUGUGAUUCUAUUGUACCAGCAGGGGAAACCGCUUCACGCAGUAGCUGAUUGUCACAUUUGCGUCAUAUUGAUAUUGAUCCCAGUUUUGUGUUGAUCUUCAGGUAAACUUUGACAUGUUACUCAUGCCUGUAAACUUUCUGAGGUGCUAUAUUCCAAUCUUGUUUAUUAUUGUUAGAUCAGUUCAAAAAGUUCCACCAGCCUGGAAGUACACCACAUUGGCCUUGUGAACUGAUUUAUGCGGAGUUGUAAUUAGAGUGUAAAACUAUGCGAAUAUGCUUUGAUUUACCUUGGGAAAAAAAAGAGAGAAAAAAAAAAAAAAAGAUUUCUCUAAAAUACGGGUUUGUUAGAGAACUAAUAUGGCUGUGUUCUUAUUUGGGGAUCAAAUAGUCGAUAUAGUCUAAUGAUAUACCUGAAAGCAAAUGUGGUGCGGAUUUUCUAUUUUAUUUGUUUGGUACGGGAACAGAAUCCCAAUUUUAUACCUCUUUGUGUUGCUUGGUUCUUGUUUUUUUUUUUUUAUUAUUAUUAUUAUUUGACAUGAACAUAAAUAACUGUACAUUGUGAAUGACUUUAUGGGAUAAAAAGUGGAGUGCAUAGAUGAAAUACAGGGGGAAUCACCAAUUAUGUUUUUUUCCGUGGCGUGAACAUAACAAAAAGGCCAUCCAAGAGAGUACAGAACUUGUGCUUCUCUUGCGUACAUAUCCACUAAUUAUAAAUGCCACUGGAUAUGUAAUGAACAUUAAGGUAAACAUGUUUAAGAGUACAUUCUCUCAUCAUAAAUUCUUUGUCAUUGUGUUCCCCGGAAAGCAACUUUUCUACUCUGCAGUUGACAAUUUUCAGUCAAUACUCGAAGUUUUGUAUCCUUUUUGAUGUACUGUAUCUCGGACCGUUUAACCUGGUCACAAUUUUAAAACGGAACCCAACUCAACGUGUUUUACGUUCUCAGUGACGUCAACGUUGAGCAAAUUUCAACAGAUUUUGCUGUUAAUGGAAAGUCUCAAACUCGGAACAUCCCAGAGUUUGGCAGCUCUUGUCAAAGGUCAUCUUGCAACUUUUCGCCACUGUUUUAUUAGUUUUAAUAUUUUGGGCUCAUUUGAAAGGACUACAAAAUGUAAUCAAACGUUUGUGUUCUAAAGUAAACCACUUAUUUUAAUUAUUAAAGGUUGUAUAAAUCCGUGUAAGAAUUUGGGGAAAGGCCUAUUGUGUAACAUUAAAAUUGAAAUGAUUUGUCCCCUGCUAUUAUUCCUCUCUGCACACCAUAUCAUGUACAUAAUAUAUCUGUUUUCUAGUUUACUUGACUUCUAUAGUUCUCUUUGGAAUCUAAUUUGUAAAUGGUCACAUUUGUCAUCCUCAGUCGCUUGUUUUUUUGUUGUUGUUGUUGUUGGGUGGGGGUGGGGGGGGGGGGAUAAUACUGAACUAUCCUAAUUCACUCUACUUUUAUUACUGCACUGGGAAUUUCUUCCCACUUUUAUACCUCUUUUGUUGACAGGUUUGUUUUAGGGUGAUUGCAGAGAAAAUUGUACAUUGUGACGUUAUUUAUACUGUACAUGCCACAUGCUUUUCUGAAAUAUUUAUUGUAUAUGGAAUGGUACUCAUUCAUGGGGCUACAAGGUAUUUUGAAGCUGUAGUAUGGUGUUGUUGUGGAUGGGGGAAGUGCAAUGAGGGGUCAGUGUAAUCCCCUUGGUGCUAGACCCCCCUUUGCUUCUGUGCCCCCUUCAUGUCACAACACGAUGAUGGGAAGCAGUGAUACAACUCAAGCCAACCUGCUGGUGCUUAGAAACAUUUCAACACAGUUUACUGUAACUAAAAUCAAAUCUUUGUACUGUAUUUAACUCAAAUACUAAUUUUUGUUUUGUUUUUUUUACCUUUUCAAUUGUGUGAACUUCUUAUGUGGCUAUAUUGGUGACUUUAUAAGCAUUAGUAGCUGUAGUUGUAACCCUUGACACAUUGUGCAGAGACUUAGGGAUGUGACUUUUAAAGGCCAAGGUUUUGUUUUUUGUUUUGUGUGUGUGUGUCUUGUCCUCAUUCUGGGUUGUUAUAUGACAGAUGUAAUGUUUUUGUUUUGUUUUCUCUCUCUUAUAAUGUUUGAUUUCUGCUGCACUUACAGUUUCAAAUAGAAUAUGUAGAAGAAAACCUGAGCCGGACCUGUCUUAAAUCCCUCUGUGAUAUUUCUGUGACAUAUUGUAUUGUUCAAGAAAAUAAAAUGUUUUGAUAAAUUA